ACACAUACUAGAGCUGCAGACACUAUCUGCGACACUACCUUUAUCGGCUUUAGCCCCAGACUCGCUGAAUUUCACGAUGUCCUGUGGAUCACAUGGUAAGCACGUAGCUUUUGGAGCAUCUCUUGGAACUGAUGGAAACUGUGGACCUUUCAAUGUUGACACUACACUGAUCUUCAAGAAUGUCUACACCAACACUGGUGAAUACAACAAGGGAACAGGCAUUUUCACAGCUCCAGUGGAAGGAAUCUACUACUUCAGCUUCUCUGGUCAUAACAACUCAUGUAGACCAAUGGGGCUGAAACUGAUGUUGAAUGGAAAACACAUCCUGUCUGUGUACAACCAUGCCGCUGGAGAUCGUUGGGAGACAGCCACCAAUGGCAUGACCCUAACACUUAAAGCAGGAGACCAAGUGUACAUGGAUCUGUGGGCCAACACCUGGAUUAUGGAUAACUGUAACCAUCACACCACCUUUACUGGUUUCAUGAUACCCCCUAUGUCAGCAGUGUGAAAUUCAACCAAGCAGAGAAAGGGAAAAGCAUUACUGUUAGAUUACAUCCACAAUUAUUCAGGGUAUUGGUGGUGGUGUUGCUUUAAAAAGAAUCAUUACAUAUGUUAUAUAUGAUUUCUGACCUCUUAAUUUGUCACCAUAAUGAAACUUAGUCUUAACUACAGUGGCCCAGAGGUGCAACAGGCCAAAAAAUUAUCCACUAGAUGAAAAAAAUUAUCUACUGCAAGAAAAAAAAAGAGAACAGCCUAAAAAAAUUAUCCACUAGAU